AAAAAUAAAUAUUUGCGUUGUUGUUUAAGUUCAGGUCAACGUCUGAUCUUUUCCGGUUGAAAAGUUACUACUUCCGCUCAGCAGAGAGGCGGAAGACGGACCGCAAUGGCGGCUGAAAUUAUGUUACUGUGGCUUUUACCGUUGCUUCAGUCGCUGGCGGCGUUCGGAGCAGAGCUGUCGUCAGAGGCGUGCAGGGACCUCGGCUUCUCCAGUAACUUACUGUGCAGCUCAUGUGAAUUGUUGGGUCAGUUCAGCCUGACGCAGCUCGAGCCGUUCUGCAGGCAGUGCUGCCAGGAGGAGGCUCAGUUCGAAUCGAGGAAGCUCUACCCUGGAGCCAUCCUCGAGGUCUGUGGAUGAAAAUUGGGGAGGUUCCCUCAAGUCCAAGCUUUUGUCAGGAGCGACAAGCCAAAGAUGUUCAAGGGCCUUCAGAUUAAGUAUGUGCGAGGCUCCGAUCCUGUGCUGAAGCUGCUGGACGAUAACGGGAACAUUGCUGAAGAACUCAGCAUCCUCAAGUGGAACACGGACAGCGUGGAGGAAUUCCUGAGUGAAAAACUCGAGCGCAUUUAACACCCCUCAUCUCCCGUUCUCCUAAUUACUGCAUUCCUUUAGAACAUCCUACGUCCCCAACGUCCUUCACCUGUCCUCUGAAUUUGUAGCUGUUUUUUUGUACUGUAUGAAUGUGUACAGAGGAUCAUCAUGAUGCUGGAUCGGCAGUGCUUGUCGUUUUUCUCUGUACACUAGCGCUCGUGUGGAGCUGCACGUUAGUGAAAGCCUCGCAGGAAACCAGUGUGUGGUGUGUGAGGCCUGAUGUGUGUGCAGUUCUCACAGCGUGUAGCGACAGAGAGACACACAAGCACUCUGUCUGGUGUUUAAACUGAUCUCUCUGGUCUCUGUUUAAUAAAGUUUUGAUUCCUCACAA